AUGGCCGCAAUCGCCAGCUCCUUGAUCCGACAGAAACGCCAGGCGAGGGAGUCAAACAGUGACCGGGUCUCCACUACUAAACGGCGCCCCAGCCCCAGCAAAGACCCACGUUCCAUAUGCGAGCGGCAUUUCUUGGGGGUCUUCAGCAAAGUCCGUUUCUGCAGCGGCAAGAAAAGACCAGCCGCUCGGCGGCGACCAGAUGCACCCUCCAAACCUCCACAGGUGUCCCGUAAGGGCGGCAGGCUAGAGCCGCAGCUGAAAGGCAUCGUGACACGAUUGUUCAGCCAGCAGGGCUUCUACCUGCAGAUGCAGCCGGACGGCUCUAUCGAUGGCAGCAAGGACGAGAACAGCGACUACACCCUGUUUAAUCUAAUUCCUGUGGGUCUGAGGGUGGUGGCCAUCCAAGGGGUGAAGGCCGGCCUCUACAUUGGCAUGAACGGAGAAGGAUUCCUCUACAGCUCAGAAAUGUUCACGCCGGAGUGCAAGUUUAAGGAGUCGGUGUUUGAGAAUUACUACGUGAUCUACUCGUCCACUGUGUACCGGCAGCAGGAGUCCGGUCGGGCCUGGUUCCUAGGCCUUACCAAGGAAGGCCAGGUCAUGAAGGGGAACAGGGUCAAGAAAACCAAGCCCUCCUCACACUUUGUCCCCAGGCCCAUUGAAGUGUGUAUGUACAGGGAGCCGUCGCUGCAUGAGAUCGAAGAGAAACAGCGCUCCAGGAAGAGCUCAGGGACUCCCACCAUGAACGGAGGGAAAGCUGUCAACCAGAACUCCUAGCAGCAGGGCCCCAAGGGUGGGGGGGCACUAGGGGGGCCCGGAUCCCCCCUCUCUUAAAUAGAGGGGAGAGAGGCUACAGACCCCCCUCACCACCAUGCCCUCUGAAGGGAUGGACCGCCACGAGGGGGAGGAGCUACACCCAAGAUGACUAAAAACUGAACUCUCGCCUGUGAAAAUCUUUUAGACGAAUAUCAUGAUAAACCCAGAGGAAAACAAAAAAACUACGACAAACAUUUUCAAUCAGGAGUUGACCUACGUUUUAUGCAAAAAAAAGAAGAAAAAAAAAGCUGUGACAAAGGAAUGGUGGUCUCUUCACAAUACAAAUAUCGUUUCCAAUUUAAGCUGUGAAAAAUUAGCUUUAAAGACAUGUUCAAUUUCCCAUGCAUUGAUUUUAUGAAUGCUAUGGCACCCUCACAUGCUUAAUUGUGUUACUGUUGUCCAAUAAUAACAAUAUUACUCAUGUGUUGAUAACUCUUCAUCCCAAUUUAGUA